ACGUCCGGUACUGCCAAGAAGAAGGAGCCUCAAACGCCAUGAUUUUCCAUAUUCUUCUCUUAAUAACCUUUUGGGUAGUAGCAAAUCACUUCCGUAACAAGAUCAAGAAUCUCCCACCAACCCCUUUCCCAACUCUACCUAUCAUUGGCCACCUUUACCUCCUCAAGCAACCUCUUUACCGAACUCUUUCUAAAAUCUCAGCCCGUUACGGCCCCAUACUUCUCCUGAAAUUCGGAUCUCGCCGUGUUCUUCUUGUGUCCUCCCCGUCCGCCGCCGAAGAAUGUUUGACUAAAAACGAUAUCACUUUCGCCAACCGACCUAACCUACUCGUCGGAAAACACUUGGGCUACAAUUACACUAGCCUCUUAUGGGCUUCAUACGGGAACCACUGGAGAAACCUCAGGAAGAUUUCUUCCCUUGAGAUCUUAUCCACCAAUCGUCUGCAAGCAUUCUCUUUUGCUCGCGUAGAUGAGAUCAGAUCAUUAAUUCAUAGGCUUUAUAGAAGUCAAAAUCAGAUAGUAGAUAUGAAAUCUGUUUUCUUUGAGUUGAUACUGAACGUAAUCAUGAGGAUGAUAGGCGGGAAGAGUUUCUGUGGUGAAAAGCUGAAGGGAGUGGAGUCAAAGGAGUUUCGACAGAUAGUGGCUGAAUCGUUUCGUUUAGGUGGUGCAUCAAAUUUAGUGGACUUUUUGCCAGUUUUGAGGUGGAUUGGGUAUGGAGGGCUGGAGAAGAGUUUGUUGGUUUUGCAGGAGAAGAGAGCGAGGUUUAUGCAAAGGUUAUUAGAAGAGCAUAAAACAAAAAUGAGUAGUGACGAGGGUAAAGAUAAAAAUUUGGACGGACAGGGAAAGAAGACGAUGAUUGAAGUGUUGUUGUCUUUACAAGAAUCGGAACCCGAGUACUACACAGAUGAUAUUAUUAUAAGCCUUAUGCUGGUAAUUUUAACAGCAGCAACUGAUACUUCAGCCGGAACGAUGGAAUGGGCUAUGUCUCUUCUUCUAAACAACCCAGAUGUUUUGAAAAAAGCACAAACUGAAAUUGACCAUCAAAUUGGGUCUGAUCACUUUAUAGAUGAGUCUGACUUGGCUAAGCUUCCCUAUCUUCAUUGUAUCAUAAAUGAGACUUUACGAUUGUACCCAGCAGGGCCAUUUCUAUUACCACGUCAAUCAUCAGAAGAAUGCAUGGUUGGAGGUUACCGCAUUCCGCGCGGCACAAUGCUAUUGGUGAAUAUGUGGGCCAUACAACACGACCCGAAAAUUUGGGAGGAUCCUACUGAGUUUAAGCCUGAGAGGUUUGAAGGGUUCGAAGGCGUACGAGAUGGGUUCAAGUUGAUGCCUUUUGGGGCAGGAAGGAGAAGCUGCCCCGGUGAGGGCUUGGCCUUGCGCAUGGUUGGAUUGGCAUUGGGCUCACUAAUUCAGUGCUUUGAUUGGGAGACACCCGAUAAGUGUAUGGUGGACAUGACCGAAGGACCUGGACUCACCUUGCCCAAGGCCCACUCUUUACAGGCUAAAUGCCGUCCACGUCCAACCAUGCUCAAGCUUCUUUCACAGCUAUGAUACCAUUUAGCUUAAGAAGCUAGAUGCUGAUGUCCGAGGUCAUUACUAUAUCAAUGAAGAGAAGUUGCUAUAUAUCAGCGUUAAUAAUUUCCCUUAUAAAACUUGUAUCUAAACCUUAUAUUCAAGAGUUUAAAUAUGUUGAAUUUUCCUAAGAAUGAAAUUUGCAACAAUUAUUUUACGACAUUAUUAAUGAUAUAAAGCAUAGUUGUUAAAAGA